ACGACGGAGGACUACCCUGUGAACCACCUGAGGUGCAGGAAGGAGACUCUGGACUUGGACGAUUGGCUGGCGUACAUGAGGGAGGCCAAGAACCUCUGCCCUGGCGAGGACAAGCGGGUGCUCUUCAUGUGCAGCCUCAGGUCAUUGCUACAGUGGACCAGUACCGCCUCCUGUACAACUUGCUCAAGAUGUACUACGACUCUCAGAACGUCUACUCCAACUUCGGACCCAGAUCUUCCCCUGGGCCGAACCGCAUUGUGCCCACACCCACACCCACACCCACACCCACACCCACUGCACCAGAAGAGGAGACAACUUACGCUAACCACGGCGCCACCCAGAGCGCCUCCGACCGGCCCAAAAACCUGCCUCAGUCCAGCCAAAAGUCCAAGAAGGAGGACACAUACAUCAACUUCACGCCGCAAAAGAUCGACUUGCCGGACAGCUCAGCGGCCGACGGCGGACACGAGCCAGACUCUAAUGUUUACAGCAAUAGCAGCGCCAUACAGAGGGGUGACAAAUAAACAAUAGCAGCGCCAUAGAGAGGGGUGACAAAUAAACAACAGCAGUGCCAUAGAGAGGGCCGACAAAUAAACAAUAGCAGCGCCAUAGAGAGGGGUGACAAAUAAAUAACAGCAGCGCCAUAGAGAGGGGCGACAAAUAAACAACAGCACUGCCAUUGAGAGGGCCGACAAAUAAACAAUAGCAGCGCCAUAGAGCAGGCAGACAAAUAUACAACAACAGCGUGGUCGAAGGCCGUGAAUUGUUCACAUUUAUUGUUGUAUUCUCUUUUACCGUGUACUUUUCAAGAGAGGAGAAAUGGACACAGAUUGUAACAUGUAGCUUUAUAUAUAUGCAUAUAAAUAUACAUAUUAUGUAUAUAACAUAUAUAAUAAAUAUAUUGAAAUGAAAUAGUUAAAACGA